AUGGUCUUUAUCGAGGUCGUCUUAGCCGGACCCCUAAUCACAUGGUGAGCAUACCGUUGACAGACCACCAGCUUCAUAAUCGCCAUUUCACAUGCCCAUGACAGCCAGGCUGCGGUAGCAUACUCUAUGGCUAAUUUUGUCCUGACUAUGCGGAUAUUGCGAUGAGUCGAACGAUCGUAGACUCAGUCUGUGUUCGCCAGUUUAGGGUGGACUUAUCGUACCACUUUAGCUUUUUUCCCACAACAGUAGUGUGAUUGCUGGACAUCAGCUAACGGUCGUAUGUUGAACUCAGAAAUUUUCAGGUCGAGUUGAAGAGCAUCAGCUGGCCUUCAGUAAAUCGUGUUGGUUGCCACUGGGCUCAGUCGGUGUUUUCAUGGAAGCAGCUGGUCGCUAUUUUGUUGUCAAGGGACUUGACUUCUUUGUUGUACUCCACAUUUUAUCUGGCAUGACUGUCGCCUGUACUUUCACUCAAAUCACUUUCCGAGACUGGUUUCAUGUCUAUAUUAGCACAUCGCCAGCGAAGACAUUGGCAAUGGUGGCCUCCGCACAUCGGUGCAUUGCCGACGAAGACGGGAAACAGAAAUAACGAUAGCACAAAGCCACGCGGGACUACUUGUCUGAAGACCACAUUCCUACACCGUAUUUCAUUAAAGUCAUGAACUUAAUCCCGUUGGUUAACCAGGACGGGAUCCAUCGAGUGAAGCAAGGAAGGAUACCUUUUGCGACUAUUUUCCACGAUUAAGCGUCUCGCCAGAGAGGCCGUGGGCCUUGAGAAGUUCUAGUAGUAUAAGUGCCGUACGCUGCAUUGAUCUCUUCUGGGAACCGUCAGGGAUAGACCAUAACCGUUUAAGCACUUUGUCCUCAGUACUACGCUUUGACUCUAUCCUUCCACAUUAUUGCAAUGUCGUACAGUACUACAGGAAAUUAAAAAAUUCACAACACGACCAUACCACUAGGACCUACUAGGUAGAAAAAAAAACAGAGCUUGAUCAUAUCAGAUCCAGCCAUUGGGCUAGAACUUAUAUCCCUGGUUAUCAGCCUUUACUUUGGUAGGGGGCGCUCACCGAUCGUUCAUACGGAACUCACUCGUUCCGUUGUGCCUUAAGGACUCUCUCUCGAACCCAGUCAGCAGCCGCACAGCGGCGCAUGGUAUAUAGGCAGAAUGGUAUUACCGACAAAGACAAGGGAGACUGGAAUGGCCAUUUCUGGCUUAUUAGCCGUCGUCAGCCAGAAAUACCCAAUUCCGAAGUGUGGAACGGGCUCGUGGCCCGGUGGGUAGAGGCGUGGACUUCUAAACCAACAGGUCGCGAGUCCGAGGCUCGGGUGUUCCACACUUCGGGCUUGGGUAUGGCUGGCUGACGACGGCUAAUAAGCCAGAAAUAGCCCUUCCAGUCUCCCUUGUCUUUGUCGGUAAUACCAUUCAGCCUUUACUUUGUCAGCAAGAUGUUCAUGCAAAUCGUCGCUCCCAGACCUCUCCAUCGAAGAGUUGGAUUGCGAUUCUGCUCGACUCAAAAGUCUCCCCUGCUAAGUGUUAGCCUUUCGGUUGUCUGAUGCAGUGGGCUGAAGGCAUUUGCAUUCUUUCGCCCACUGACGUGGAUACUCUCAGUGCGUGCUUGUUCUCGUUGUGUCAAGUCAUUCUUUGUCAGAUAGCCUUAGGAUAUAUCAAAUGCUUAGCUGCUUUAGCUUCCAUUAAUUCCUGCCGCCAGACUUCGGGUUUGACUUGUUGGAUGAGGACUCUUGACCUGACAUCCUCCCCCCUGAAUUCACCAGAGACCAUUCCUUGCACCCGUCUUCCCUUGGUCCUGUUCUGCAAGGACGGGAUCUCCUUCGCCCAGUAGCUGCCACCAGUUGUCCCUAUGACUGUCAGGCUGUUCGUCCUCAAAACCACAAAGAGGACAGCUAUGCCUAUCCGACGUUUCAGGUUGUGUUAUCAGCCUGUCUCCUGCAUGAACAGCGACAGCCUGGGACUCUUCCAUUUCAGGGCAAUGCGUUUUGACCCUUCAAGAUUUGCAAUCUCUAGGUUAAUGUUGGUUACGGUGACAGAUCAUUCUGAACACGCCGGAAACGUUCUUUUGUCAUCAUUUCAUGGGUGAUUGUUAGGUUGGGCGCGCUCAGGUUACUGACACUCGGUGGAUGAGUUUACGCUGUGGAGAAUUCAAUUCAAGUAAACGACUGUCUUGCUGAGGCCUCGGCAGCUUUCGUCUGGACUGACCCACCCACAACAGAUCGUUAAGGUCUGCCAUAACGAUUUCACCUCUAAGCGAAGAGACUUUUUGAUUGGACUAAUUUUUCGGAGGUAGGCAGAUGUGGCCGGCUGAAGUUACAUAUUUGUGGUCGUGGAGUUUUCCCAUUCGGAAGCAGCAUCUUAACUUGUUGAGGUGCGAUCGGGCGGUAAGUAGGGGCGGAUGCGCAUCAGCAGUAGGAGACUCUCGCCAUUGGGUCUCACAAUGUUCUUGACGCUCCUGUCAGACUUCAUUGUUUUCGGGUAGGCUAAUGGAGUUUAAGAGUUGUUUACUGAAGUACGGUCAAAAUUGCUCUGUCUGCGUUUCGGAUUUACGGAGGUCUCCGACAAGGGUGAGUCUCUUGGGAGAAUAAAGAGUCGUAGCAACGGUAAGUGCGUGGGACCAGUAGUGUCUGGCUGACCUGUCAACCACAACCAAGGGAAUUUCAGCGACAUGAAUGUAUACUGCGCCAGUGACACUCCAAAAUCCACUUUUUUGCACAUUAUGUUCUCCGCGCUCUCCCCCUCCCGAGAAGGCAGUCACUAAUGGUUCCCAGAACGAAUUGAUAAGGUCAGAUAUGCUUACGAAGUUUAGAUAUUCCUCAGUCGAUUGGGACAUUUUAUUUUAUUAAUCCGGGUAUUCCAUCUACCUUGACAUUAAUUUAGCUCAGAGUUGGUACCUAUCCAGGCCCCCCGGCUGUGGAGCGGUGACACACUGACCCUCUCCCCGCCCGACCAUUUUGAUGGAACUUCUCCUGAUGCCUCUACCGGAGCUGUGCGAGAGGCCAUCUCGCGAUCCAGUGAUUCCCCCACCGCUGCCUGGACAGCCGUAGACGAAACCUCGGCGGUAGUCCCUCCAUCAGGCGGUGCAGACUUCUCGUCAGAGCCAGAACCCGUAUUGCAGGAGUUUCUGCGAGUUCACGGUUUCCGCUGGUAUCACCUAAUUCUCUUUGCUGUGUCUGUGCUGAGCUACCUGGCCGAUGUUAUAUCUGACGCCUACUUGACAAUCACCUACUUUAAGCAGGCGAGUCAUCCGUCAACCACUUCGAAUUCUUUUUGCCUAGCGUACUGUUAUUCUUUCAGUAGGCAGUUUUUUGGCAAUUGCUAAUUUUGCCACAACCAUGAGCUGUGCGAGAAUUUUCUGCAGAAGUUGCACUUUCAAGAAGUGCCAGCUCAUUGGCCUUCAUGUAUGGAGAUCAACUGCUGAAACUAAAAAAUUGAACCGUUGGCUUUGAUGGAGAAAUUUCUUUGGUUGUGUAUCAAAAAAGGUAUUUAUGAUUCAUGGAGACAUCCCGUCCGAGUCGACGGACCAAAGGGACUCUUCUAUAUCACACCGCCUCACGAAAUCGGUGCCUGGCGGGCCACGACACAACCGUGUUUUUGGCGGACGUGGUAACUCUUUUGCGCUCCGUCCGGUUGGGCUUGGUGAGGGUCAAUAACGAGAAGACAAGCACCUCUAGGAACUGAGUGUGGUGUGCUGGAAAUAUAGGUAGACGUUCACUCAUCAGGGGACACGAUCCAUAGAAAAUCACGCUUUUCUCCAAAUAUGCUCACUUGAAGCUGCUGCCGUCGAAGCACGACUCAUCUAUUUUCCUGGACGACCCGAGAGCCGGGGCACCGGAGCUAUCCGGUUGGCGAGACGGAAGGCUAGUGAUAGGUGGAAGAUUACCACUUGAAAAUCAAUCCAACGUGCCUUGGCGGACAGAUUUGUUCGCUCUGACUGGUCUUGCUGAGGGACGGAACGUCGAAGGCAAUCCUGGACCAAAAUGCUGUGUGUUUGACAGAAGACAACACAAAAUGCCACAAAUGUGAACGGACGGUUCGCACCAACUACAGUUUUUUCAUCUAGUGACAUGAUCGAGGAGGUCAAACAACUGUUGCCUCGGAGACAAGCUAAGGGCGCCGACCUGGGAAUACGAUUUGACGAGUGCGAGGCAAUGGCAUACCUGAAACGUUUGUAAUCAAGUCGCGCAGACUUGGGUUUGUUGCGGCCGAGUAACGUACAAUAAACCAUCUCUCAUGAACACCUUCACCGGGACGGAAGACGAUGCUAGCACAAGUACUACUCUAAUCAUCGUCGGCUGAGGAUGUUAAAAGGUAGUACACAGCGCCAACACACACACUCAAAACUCAGCCGGCAAGAACCUUUUACACAGCCAGCAGCAAUCUAGACAACCACAGAGUCCAAAGAGGAGCCUGAAUACGUCGAGUAUCCAGAGAAACACCCACCGGCAUGAUUGUCUGAGCUCGAUCUCGAAUAUAAAUCCACAUCAUCCAUUUUCCGAGGGAACCCGCGAGGGAGUACGAACCGGUCCAUUUGGGUCUGUUGUCAGUCUAUUUUCCACAUACAAUGUUUCAUCAAUACUCACUCUGGAAAAGUGCCCCUAGCGACCAGUGUGAGUUGGUUUGCCGUUCCUGACUGCAAUAAACCCUCACGAUCAUAAAUAUGUAACUUCAGUCAGCCACAUCUUUCUGCCUCCGAAGAAUUAGUCUAAACGAAGAGUCCGUUAGCCUAACGAUCGACGAAGAUAAGAUCGUUAUGGCAGACCCUAAGACUGCCCAAACAAAUGCGGGUAUUCCAUUAUUUGUCACUCUUAGACGCGCCGGGUAGUCAACUGCUACGCUCACCGGUGAAGCCAUCUUCCCGGCCUAUUUUGCGUUGAGCGGGUCGUUUAGGCUGUCUCUUGGUGAUAUCCAGCAUGUACCGCGCUCCAGCACACAGAAAUCUACCAGUCAUUGUGUCGGAUUUCAUCCGCGAUUCAUUGUAGGGACUUUCUGACCCAAAUGUGGCAUGGACGCCAGUGCCUAUUAUGAUUUUCCUGGUUGCUGUUAUUGUUAACAACUGUUUAGAACUUUUUUGUUUCUAAUUCGGGUGUUAGGAGCCCCAAGCUCGUCCCUCUGACCGCAUUUUUAGACCCCGGAGCAAAAGUUGUUCCACUUCUUCAAAGGGGGCUGCAGAUGCCGGUUCCGGCUUGAGUUUGCCUGUUAACCAAUCAAAUGACAUUUUUUCACAUUUUACAGGGCGACUUCGUCUGGUCUUUCCUCACAGUCUCUCUGAUGAUCCUUCCCGCCCUGGUUAUGACCAGUUUCAGCCUCGCAUGGUAUCUGCUUGAUAAACGAGCUUCCGUUGAUCCCCCGCGAUCCACUAAGGCCUGGAUCAUCCGACUAGUUCUGCAUGCUCUUCAGCUUGCACCUAUUGUCAGGUAAGUAGUAUUCCAGUUUCAGCCCAAUUUAUUUGAAAUAAAAAGUUAACGUCUACGGUUAUUCAUUUUGAAAUCAUACUUAAUCGACAUACUUCGGCAGGUCUGUUUUUCGCCACUCAUAGAAUUUACUGGACAUUUGUUCCAUUUUAGGCCCAUAACUACCUUACUCUGA